AUGGGAAGUACUUGCUGCCAUAAAUAGCUUUAGGCAUUCUCAUCUUAGGGUAUAUGAGUAAUAUUAUCAAAAACAGAAUUAGUAUGUGAUAACAAUAAUGUUUCUAUUAAUAAGAAGUCUAAUCAUAAAGAAGAAAGUCCAGAUGGACCUCCUUCAAAAUUGCCUUCUUAAAGUGUUUCUGUUCCUUAAGUGUAUGAAGAAGCUUUGGUGUUUAAUUAGUUGAAUCAAAUAAAUAAUACUAAAGGAGCUAUAAGUGAGGAGAGACUUUUAAUAGAUUUGAAGGAGCCUUUUGAUGCUUCAGAAAAAUAAGAUGAAAUAGAUGAAAGAAAGGAGGAUUUUGGAGCAAAAAAGGAUGAAGUAGAUCAAAUUCAGUUAGAAAAAAUAAUUUAAGCAGAAAAAUUGGAGAUAUAAAAUGAAACAUAGUAAAAGCAGUAAUAAGAUACAGGAACAAGAAAGUCUCCGGCAGCUUCCUCAAAAACAGUACCUCAUGAUCCUAAAGAUAAUAGUCAAAGCAGAAAAUAGAGUAUGGCUUCAGUAGGAUCAGUGUCUGUAAAAUUUGGAGUAGAAUUAUUCGUAAAUUUAAAAAAACAAUCAAUAACUAAAGUUUACACUCUCGGUUAGGUUUUAGGUUAAGGUGCAUUCGGAAAAGUUUGGAAAGUAACACACAAAACAACAGGUAUAAAUAUUUUACUUAAUUGAUGAGGUUUAAUUAGAGCUAUGAAACAAAUUAGAAAGUAAGAAUUAAUUAAGGAAGAUGAAUAAAAACUGUUUUCAGAGAUGAACUUGUUAAAAAAUCUAUAUCAUCCUAAUAUUGUUAAAUUGUAUGAAUUGUAUCAAGAUUCUAAUAAUUAUUAUUUGAUUACAGAGUAUUAAUAAUAUAAAAUUUAGAUAUUUAUGCGGUGGAGAAUUGUUUGAAAGAAUAAAGAAAAUGAAUUCAUUUACUGAGAAAAGAGCUAGUGAUUUAAUGAGAUAAAUAUUAAUGGCAGUAGUGUAUUGUCAUGAAUAAAAAAUUGUACAUAGAGAUUUAAAACCAGAGAAUGUUCUAUUUUCAGGUACUGAACCUGAAGCAUUAAUAAAGAUUAUUGAUUUUGGAUGCUCAAGAAGAUUUAAUUCCUAAAAGAAUAUGACCAAAAGAUUAGGGACUGUAUGUUAUAAAAAUAAAUAUUAAGCCAUAUUAUAUAGCACCUGAAGUCUUAAAUCAUAAUUAUAAUGAGAAAUGCGAUGUAUGGUCGUGUGGUGUUAUUUUAUAUAUCUUAUUAUGUGGAUAUCCUCCAUUUACAGGAAAAAAUGAGAAUGAAAUUUUUGAAAAGGUCAAAACUGGAAAAUUCAAAUUCCCAAGUAUAUUUUUAAUUUUGAUUUUGAUUAGUUGAGGAAUGGGAUUCAAUAAGUAGAGAAGCAAAGAACUUAAUUCAAAGAAUGCUAUAAGUAGAUGUAACCUCAAGAUAUUCAGCUUCACAAGCAUUAAAUGACCCUUGGAUCUCAAAGCAUGCACCUAAUACCUAAAUAAAUUAAAAAGUUCUUGAAAAUUUGGCUCAAUUUUAAGCCAAAAGCGAAUUUAGAGCUGCAAUUGUUUAAUAUAUUAUUAGUCAAAUGACUACUAAUAAAGAAUUAGAAGAUCUUUAGAAAUCAUUUCAGAUUUUAGAUAAGAAUAAAGAUGGAGUUUUAAGUAAAGCAGAAUUAGUAGAAGGAUAUACUAAAGUUCUAAAAAGUAAAGAAUAAGCUGAAGAAUAUGUUGAAAAGAUUAUUUCUAAGCUUGAUAAGAAUUAAUCAGGAGUUAUUGAAUUUAAUGAAUUUUUAAUGGCUGCAAUAAAUGAAGAGAAGAUUAUUUCAAUAAAAAAGGUUGAAUAAGCAUUCAAGAUAUUCGAUUCUGAUGGAGAUGGCUUUAUUAGUAGGUAAGAAAUAGAAGAAGUUAUGGGAGAAUUAAAUACAGAUGUUUGGAAGUUAUUUUUAAAUGAAACAGAUGGUAAUAAUGAUGGUAAAAUAUCUUAGGAGGAAUUCUCAAAAUUAAUAUUGAAUAAAUGA